UCACCACUUCAACCCUCCUGUGGUUUCCCAUCAUAUCAAGAAUGAAAUGCAAACCCACUGUCAGGGUUUCCCUGGGCUUGGGCUCUGCUUCUUUUGGAGCUUAUCUGGCCUACUCUCUGCCUCAUAGCUGUACUGGCAUCCACUGUUCAGUCCUCCUACCCCAAGGCCUUUGCAUGUUCUGAUUCUGCAGGCGGGAACUACUCCCCCAUCUUCCCAGGACUGGCUCCUUUUCAUCAUUCAAACUGGCUCACAUGCCAUCUACUCAGAGGUUUCUCUACUCAGCGUCAUGCCAUUCAGAGCUGUCCUCCGCAGCCAGGCAAUCCUGAUCACAUUUCUUGGCUUAUUGUCUUUAUAGCAUUUACUGUGGUUAAAAUGACCUUGUUUUGUGUUUGCUCAUUUACUGAUCGUCUGUCUCUCUCAUGGGAAUGUCAGAUCCCUAAGAGCAAGGACCACGUCUAGUUCCAUGCUUUGCCCCUAGGGGGCAGCCCAGCUAGGAUCACUUAGAUGGUGAAUGAUACUUUGGACAGUGUCUCGCACACAUUCAACAUCUGUGGGGCGGGGGGAUGCUGAGUUAUUAAACAGGAUUUCCUAGAGUCCAACUGCAGCUGCUUUGGAAUAAUCACAUUUCCUAUGAUAUCACAAAGCUGUUUGAAGAGCACCCAUGAGUCUCUCGUCUUCCAAAGUUCUCCUGGAGGGUGGCUUGGAGGCAGGUUCACUCAGGUGUGAAUGAACGGUCAGUCUUGCAGAGGAGACUCAGCACUGCCCUCCCGCCAGCGUCGUGUCCCCCAGGCCUGUUGUCGUUGCCCUGGGAGCAGGCUGGAGACAGGGGCAGUUUGCCAGGAACCUUAGCUCCAGCCUUUUGCCGUCUAAUUCAAUGCAUCCAAAGAUAAACAGAAAUAUCACCAAAUCAGAAGCUGUCCUCAAAUCCAAAGCUCACAAUUAGCGAAGGUGAAGCUUCCUGAGCUGCGUUGGCACAAGGUCUGGAAACAGCCCUGAAUGAAGCCACCUAGUGCCCGACAAAGGCAAUCGUUUCUACCCAAACGAAACUGGAAAGAUCCGCCAACUGCAGUGCCUCCGUCUGGUGCACUGACUGGGUGCUCGGGUUCCAGCAAUCUUAAGUCCCAACCCAGCCUUAGAUGUGACCUGCCCUGCUAACUGAGGAGACACGGUUAAGGGGCGGAAAUCGCUUCCCUCUGUUGGAGGGCUCGAGGGUGCGCCUGAGAUUAUUAAAAAAAUGACAAAGAGCUGUACCAUCCCCUGCACUCUUGACCGUGUGUAUUGAGAAUGCUUUUGCCCUCCUAGAUCAUUUGUAGGAACAGAAUCUGAAUACUGGGAAAGCACACCUUGGGAGAGCUAUUGAUCCCUGAGAACCCAGGAGGACUAGCAUCUUGGGAUGAACACCCGGACGGCUAUGAAGAUCAUACUGACCAACUGUGAGGUGUCGGAGGUCUUGCCAAGGCUUCUGCUUCUUCUAGACUCCUCCCAGGAAAGUGAUCACCCAACUAUGCUGUGAUUCGGAGUACAGGGCUUUACAGAGUAGAAAGCCAGGAUGUAGCUUCACGGUUUUCAGCCAUUUUCCCUAACUGAUGUCUGGGAACUCUGAAGCAUUCGGACCCCACCUAGCCUUCUGCGGACCACCGGGAUACUGAGAUCAUGCUGUCACACCUGGGAUAUCACCCCACUUCACCCCUUGAACACUUUUAAGCCAGGAAUGUCCCAGACAGGGGUAGACACCUAAGUGUUUCAAUCAUGCAUCUGUCUGUCGAUGGAAACUUUGCAGUAGGCUCCUUCGGCUAUUAUCCAACCUAUGCCUGUGGACAUCUGAUAGAAAGACAUGCUGGAAUCAUCCAUAUUUUGCAGAGAAGACCAUCCCUGUGAGGCACAAUGGCUUAUCUAAGGUCCAAACCAGAACGCUCCAGAGGACAUGGUGCAGGAGCUGAAUGUUGACAUCCCCUGCUCUCCUUCCUCGAAGGACAAGAAGCCGCACAGGGCCAACGGAGUCUGGCGCUGGCUCAGGGGGAAAAAUGGUUCAACGAGGAAAAGGAAUAAGACCUCGAUACUAUGGAACACUCGGGCCAGUUCCUUGGAGGCCAUUGUUGAUUACCUGGUGACUGCCGUCAUAAAACAAGAUCUAAACUAUGUUCAUAUGUUUCUGGAAAUAUACCGCACAUUUGCUACCACCCAGGAGGUGCUGGCACUCCUCUUUGCAAGAUUCGGAUGUGUUUACUCCACGGAUGACGAGGUCGGCGGGCCCCAGGAGCAGCACAACAUGGCCGUCUAUGCCAUCCUGGAUACGUGGGUGGAAAGAUAUCCAGGGGAUUUUGUGCAGCCUCCGGACUUUCCCAGCUUGCACGCGCUGCUGGCCUACCUGCAGGUCAAUGUGCCGGGCUCGGACUUGCAGCGCCGUGCCCAGCUUCUGUUGCCAGAAAGGCAGCGCGCUGAGACCACAGAGCCAGAGGCUGGGGGUGAGGAGGACUGGGGGUGACUGAUGUGGGCCUGAGGAGGAGGCAGGGUGGGCCACCCUGAGGAAGCCUCCGUAGAUUGUCGUUGGGCCGAGAGAAGUGAGACGUCUCAGAUCCCUGUCCCCAUGGGCCUCCAUUGGGGACAACUUCCAGGGGCUGG